GACAUUACUCCAAUUUCUUUCUUUUGAUGGGACUGCAGAAUGAAUCCGAAAUACCAGACAGCAUUUAAACAAAAUCGACGGAAAGUCGAUGAAUCGAAAGGUCACAAAAGGAAAUUCAAGAAGCAGCAUUACACGCGAAAGCCAAAAGUAGCGGAUGUCACCGACAGUGAGAUCGCCGAGUUGAAAACUCGGUAUCAGUUUAUUGUUCCUGCAAAUAUUGAGACCUUUGCUGAUCUGCCGUUGUGUGAAAGGACACAGAAAGGUUUGAUGUCUGCCAAGUAUACGUCCCCCACAGAAAUUCAGCGAGAAUCGAUUGGUCUCGCUCUCCAAGGACAGGACAUCUUGGGAGCUGCCCAGACAGGAUCAGGGAAAACCUUGGCAUUUCUCCUACCUGUGUUGGAGUGUCUUUAUAGACAGAAAUGGAGUUCCAUGGAUGGUAUGGGAGCCUUGAUUAUCUCCCUUACACGGGAACUGGCGUACCAGACGUUCGAGGUGCUCCGGAAGAUUGGCAAGUUUCAUGACUUUUCAGCUGGUCUCGUUAUUGGUGGAAAGCAUCUAAAGGAUGAGUCUGAGCGUAUGAACCACACCAAUAUCGUGAUCUGCACGCCGGGCCGACUCCUGCAGCACAUGGACGAGACUGUCAACUUUACAGCAGAUGCUCUACAGGUUCUAGUGCUCGAUGAAGCAGAUCGUAUUCUUGACAUGGGUUUUGCUCAGACUAUGAAUGCCAUCAUAGAGAAUCUACCAGCAGAAAGACAGACGCUCCUCUUCUCUGCUACCCAGACCAAGUCGGUGAAAGACCUUGCACGACUAAGUUUGUCCAACCCGAUGUACGUCUCUGUCCAUGAACACUCCCAACACAGCACUCCAGCAAAACUGACACAGAGCUACAUUGUCUGUGAGCUACAUGAGAAGAUUGGUAUGCUGUGGUCUUUUGUCAAGAAUCACCUCAAGUCCAAGGUCCUGGUGUUCUUGUCCUGCUGCAAGGAGGUGAAAUAUGUCUAUGAGGCCUUCAAAGCAUACGCGCCAGGUGUUACAGUGUUGUGUCUCCACGGCGCCAUGAACCAACUGAGGAGGGUGGAGGUGUAUAACUCCUUCUGCCGGAAACACAACGCUCUGCUGCUGGCCACAGAUGUCGCCGCCAGGGGACUGGAUUUCCCUGCUGUGAACUGGGUGCUGCAGCUGGACUGUCCAGAGGAUGCCAACACCUACAUCCACCGAGCUGGGCGGACAGCCAGGUAUGAGAGGGAUGGUGAGGCGCUGCUAGUGUUGCUGCCGUCAGAAGAGGAUGCUAUGGUACAGCAGCUCCAGGACAAGAAGAUACCCAUCAACAAGAUCAAGGUGAAUGCCAAGAAGCUGAGCAGUGUGCAGCCCAAGCUGGAGUCCCUGUGUGCUGCUGAACCUGCCCUGAAGGAGAUUGCUCAGAGGGCAUUUGUGGCGUACUUGCGUGGGGUAUUCCUGAUGAGCAACAAGGCUGUGUUUGAUGUCAGGAAGUUGGACAUUGACAAAUUUGCCAGAUCACUGGGCUUGGCUGUUGUGCCACGGGUGAGAUUCUUGCAGCGGGAUGAGAAGCGGCGCCAGGACCGACUUCAAGACCAGCGACAGGAAAUGCAGGACACAAGCACCAAAGUGUUGGUGAGGGCAACACAUGCUGCCACUGACACAUCAGGAAGGAAGGGGAGUCCCGGGGACACAUCAUCCAGUGCUUCAUCAGAGGACGAGGGCGAUCUGCAGCAGAUAAUCCAAAGGAAGUUUAAUGAGUCAUCCUCCAGCUCACAAGGAAAUAAACAUGCUUUGAAAUCUUUGAUAAGUGAGAGGACUUCUGAUUCAUCUGAAAGUGAGGAUCCUGAAACAGGCAAAGAUGAAAGUGAUGACAGUGAUGUUGACUCGAAUUCUGAUGAUGAUUCAGUGGAAGGAAGUGAUGACAGUAGUGCCGAGUCAGAGACCAACAGGACCAACAUGAAUUCUCUAGUCAGGCCUCAGAACACCGAUCGUAGUGUUCCUUUCAUAUUUGACGUCCACGAUGAUGAGGACCUGUUUAAAGUGAAACGUACAAUACACUUGGAGGAAGACGAUAGUGAGGAUGAGAUGGAGAAGAGGAAGAAAGAAAGUAUUGUCAAGAAGAAGCCGACAACAAAAGCAACAACUGUGAAGAAACUGCUUAAGAAAAACAUCCAGCUUAAUACCAAGAUCAAGUUUGAUGACACAGGGGAGGAAGUUUCUGACAUCUACAAAAAGCCUCAGGUGAAAAAGACAUUUGAAGAUGAUGAUGACUUGGGGGGAAUAAACAUUGCUGCAGCUAGACAGAGGUUACAGGAAGAGGACAAGUUUGAUAAACAGUUACACCGUGAGAAGGUCAAACUGAUGCACAGAGAGGAAAGAUUCAAGAAGAAAGAUGAGAGACGAAAGAAGAAACAGGCGGCAGAGGAGCUCAGUGAUGCUGAUGCAGUCUUGGACACGGAAGCAGGUGAAUCUGCCAUUGACUUCAUCCCUGAUCCAGACAAGAUUUAUGGCCCUGGAGGCUUUGAUGAUGAUGGUGAUGAUGAUGAUGAUGAUGAUGAUGAUGACAGACCGAGCCCGGCAAAGAGGAUGAGACCAGCAUCUCCGGAUGAGGAAGAGGAGAGUGACAAGGAAGAGGAGAGUGAUGACGAGCACUCGUCAGAUGAUGAUGACCGACGAGACAGGAAGCUCGGUGUGGAUGAGGCACUUGAAGUAGAGGAGGAAAUGGCACUUCGCUUGUUGCAUGGUUGUAUUUGAUGGCUCGGAUGUCAUUCGUGACUCUUGUGAUGUGGGCAGCACUGUACAGAUGUGAAUACUGUGUAAAUAAAAUUAUCAUCAGAAAA